GGCGGAGUCGCCCCCCGGUCAUCCGAGACGCCCCACGUGGGCGCGGGACGGACGGAGAAAAGGCAGAGGCGGGAGGCAGGAGGGUGAGCGGGGAGAGCAGAGGAGCGGAGCAGAGGACAGAAAGCUCCCGAAGGCCGCGCGGAGACAGAGCGCGAGCAGAAGCAAGAAUAUAGGGGACCUGAGGCCUUCAGUGCGGAACAGGUGACGCGGGCAGGUGAACAGAAGGAGAGAAGCGCCGGCUAGAGAGAGUGCGGAGAGGGCGAGAGGCGGGCGUGAGGAAGCCGCUGCGGACAGCGAACGAGCCGGGUCGUUUCCGGUGGAGUCGCCGCGCAGCCGUUAUCGCCGAGUGGAGACGAGCUUGGAGGGACGCGUUCAGAGCUCAGCAAGCCGCAGCCUCGCACCCACAGGCCCCUGCCCUCCGUCGCCCAUCCCUAGAGAACCAUGGCGUCUGGCAGCACUGCCGCUAGUGAGGAGGAGCGCAGCCUCCGGGAAUGUGAGCUCUACGUCCAGAAGCACAACAUCCAGGCUCUGCUCAAGGACUCUAUUGUGCAGCUGUGCACUGCUCGACCCGAGAGACCUAUGGCAUUCCUCAGGGAAUAUUUUGAGAGGUUGGAGAAGGAGGAGGCAAAACAUAUUCAGAAUCUGCAGAAAGCAAGCACCCGUGCUGACUCGAGGGAGGAUGAAAUCUCUCCUCCUCCACCUAAUCCUGUGGUUAAGGGCCGGAGGCGACGGGGUGCUAUCAGUGCUGAGGUCUACACGGAGGAAGAUGCUGCAUCCUAUGUCAGAAAGGUUAUACCAAAAGAUUAUAAGACAAUGGCUGCUUUAGCCAAAGCCAUUGAAAAGAAUGUGCUCUUUUCACAUCUUGAUGAUAAUGAGAGGAGUGAUAUUUUUGAUGCCAUGUUUCCAGUUUCCUUUAUUGCUGGAGAAACUGUUAUUCAGCAAGGUGAUGAAGGGGAUAACUUCUAUGUCAUUGAUCAAGGAGAGAUGGAUGUCUAUGUCAACAAUGAAUGGGCAACCAGUGUUGGGGAAGGAGGGAGUUUUGGAGAACUUGCUUUAAUUUAUGGAACACCUAGGGCAGCCACUGUCAAAGCAAAGACAAAUGUGAAACUGUGGGGUAUCGACCGAGACAGCUAUAGAAGAAUCCUUAUGGGAAGCACGCUGAGAAAGCGGAAGAUGUAUGAGGAGUUUCUUAGUAAAGUAUCUAUUUUAGAAUCUCUGGACAAGUGGGAACGUCUCACAGUGGCUGAUGCUUUGGAACCUGUCCAGUUUGAAGAUGGACAGAAGAUUGUGGUGCAGGGAGAGCCAGGGGAUGAAUUCUUCAUUAUUCUAGAGGGUUCAGCUGCGGUGCUGCAACGUCGGUCAGAAGAGGAAGAGUUUGUUGAAGUCGGCAGGUUGGGGCCUUCUGAUUAUUUUGGGGAAAUCGCACUCCUCAUGAAUCGUCCUCGCGCUGCCACUGUGGUUGCUCGUGGUCCUUUGAAGUGUGUGAAGCUGGACCGACCUAGAUUUGAACGUGUUCUGGGCCCAUGCUCGGAUAUCCUCAAACGAAACAUCCAGCAGUACAACAGUUUUGUGUCACUGUCUGUCUGAAAUCUGCCUCCUGCGCCUCCCUUUUUUCUUGUCCCCAGUCCAUGCUUCAUUCAUGCAGACUGCUUCACUCUCCCUAUUUGCAGUGCCACGUGGCCACUGGCAUCGUAGCUUAUUGUCUGUUUAUAUUAAAAAUGCUUCUAUUGCACCGUUUUUAAUUUGGAGCAUUAACUGAAUGCUCACACACAGUUAAAUAAACAGAAAGAGUUCUUUGGAGACUUUGCUGUUACUGCUUCUGUUUGUGCAGUGUUAGUAUUCAGCCUGGGCAGUGCGUGCCAUGCUUUUUGGUGAGGGCAGAUCCCUGCACCAAAUAAAUCACCAUAGACUAAUGAUAUUAUAGGAUAAGAUUUUUUUUUUUAAGUGACAUAAUUUUCCAGGUAUGUGCUAUUUCAGACUGUGGCCAUAUAUGCUGUGUUUAUAGAAUAAACGAUUUCAUUAAGCUCUGAGAACUAGGAAAAGCAUACAGAAAAGACCUUAGCAUUAGAAAGACAUCUGCCUAUAUUUAAACUAGUGUGAGGGUGGAAAAGUGUCCAUUUUUGCUAAUUAUCAGAUGGAUGUGAUCUGUUCGGUUUUUAACCAGAAUUUUUGUCAAGCUAAUUUGCCUGGUUUUGUUUAUAUCUUAAUGUUUCCUGAAGUUCUGAAAUGUGUUUGGUUGUGGCUAUCUAUACCUGCCUUUUAAGUUUAAAACCACAUCGUUGGCUGCAAAUAUUGGGUUAUAGUUUAACUACAUCUGCCUCAGCUCACAAAUUUUGAUUAGACCUUUAACCAGCUAGUGCCAAAUACUGAUCAUCAGAUGCUGAAUUGAGAAAAAGAAUUUGAGGUCUAUACUCUUGGUUGUUAACUUAGAGCUUUUGGUUAAUGUACAGCCUUCAGAUGACUACAGGAUAAUCUGUGCUCAAAAAACAGUGAGUCCAGGGCAUUGGAUUUGCUGGGAAUAGAACAGAUGUAACAAAUGUCAUAACAGAAAAAUGGAGGUGACAUUGUUAACAGGAGAAAUGCCAAGUGGGCAGAGUUCAGUGUUGGGAUCUUUAUCCCACUGCAUUCAGUAGGGCAUGAGAUUUGGGAAAAAGGUUUACUUUGGUUUAACCUUUUCCCUCCUUUUUACAUUAACUAGAAUUUAUGGUGGGUUGGGGGGUGGAUAGAAUGUAUCUGUUUCAAGUUGGUCUAAAAGGCCAUCUUGCUGAAAAGUUCUGCUUUCCUAUCUAGCUUUUAUUUCUUUGGCAAACUUUUUUUUCUAAGUAAACUUGUGUUGAGUCUUAACUGUAUUUCAGUAUUUUCCAGCUGUAUCAUCUUUAUGUGUUACAUUAUUCCAUGUGCACCAAUGAUACCCAACAGUUUAUUUUUUAAAACACAAUUUCACAGUUCUGUAAUGUGGACACUUUUAUUUUCAUUGUGAUUUAUAUAUAAUGUAGAGUUAUAUUGGGGAGUGACUGCAAGCAAUUUUCCAUCUGUGUGCAACUGGCUGAUUAUUAAUCACCUCUCCUACCUUUUCCCAGGUAAUUUAAAUUGGUCUUGAUAGAUUUUCUUUCAUAGAUUUGAACACUUUUUAGGUUGUUACUAAGUUUGGAGUAUAAAUAUGGGAAAGAAGUUUUAUUUACAUUUUAGUGUGGAAUAGAAAGCUGCCGUAUAACAAGUUUUUUAUUUCUCAAAAUCUAUUAAAGGAGGGUUUUCUGAUCUGUACUUAGUGUUUAGCUACCUUUUUAUAUUUAAAAAAUAAAAAAUAAGUUAUGUUUCUGUUUGCUUAAAGCUGAUUUUAUUUUGUUCAAUGCCAAACUGUACUUCAAUGAAUUCUUUAGAAUGCCAUAAAUUUGCAAUUUCAUAUAUGUAUAUAGUCAUGUUCAUGUGUAUUUAGAACCUGUAAUGCUUUUGAAGUGAGUUUCGCUCUUCAAUCAUUUGGUUUGCUGUUUACUCCCUUUUAUUUUUAAUCUAAGAAAUCUUAAGUCUAAAUUUAAAAAUUAACCACAUUUAAAAAGCUUUAUCUUUGUGCAAUCUGAGUAUAUGUGAGAAAUCACUAUUGCCACAAUUUGUCUUAGUUGGUAUGUGGGGCUGUAGGAGUCAUUAUUUCUUGUGAAAUAAUGACUUGGUAAGUGAAAUUGAUGCGAUAACACUCUAGAAAGUAUAGAUGGCCCGAAGGACCAUUUUGUAUUGUUUUCCUGCUUAAAGUCUGAUUAUACUGUAUGUGCUAAUAUAUUCUUUUUGUUACAGAUUGUCUUAAUAGUAGGUCAAGUAAUAAAAAAAGAUGAAAUAAUUUAA